CACGCCCUCAUCGAGACACAGACCCGGAGACAGACACAGACCCAGAGACAGAGACAGGGAGACAGACAGGGACACAGACAGGGAGACAGACAGACAGGCAGACAGACAGGCAGACAGGCACUGAGGCUACAGCCGCUUAUCGCAUCUCCUUCUGCCGCCACAGCUGCACAGGAAGCCGUAAUGGAGUCCGGAGACAUGUCCCGCCGCGGCCGCUCGUAGAGGUCGUGUCCCGCACCGUGUCCCGCCCGGAGACAAGCCCGGUGUCCCGCCCGGUGUCCCGCACGAUGCCGAACCAGAAGAGCAGCAAGGGGAAGCGCAGCCGCCGCACCAACAGCAGCGGGGACGAGCAGGAGAAUGGAGCCUGUGCGGCAGGAGGGGCGGCAGGAGCGGCAGGAGCGGCGGCGGCAGCGGCAGGGGCGGCGGCAGCGGCAGGAGCGGCGGCAGGGGCGGCUGCGGGAACCGGAGGAGCGGCGGCGGGAGCGGCAGGGGCUGCUGCCGCCCCCCGGAGCGGCCGGUCGAGCGAGUGCCAGUGUGCCACGCCCCUGGGCUGCAGCCGCGGCCGGCCCAUCGACCUGGAGAAGGACGACUACCAGCGCGUGCUCUGCAACAACGAGCUCUGCCCGUUCGGCAACUGGAUGCACCUGCAGUGCUUCUACGAGUGGGAGAGCUCCAUCCUCGUCCAGUUCAACUGCAUCGGCCGCGCCCGCUCCUGGAACGAGAAGCAGUGCCGGCAGAACAUGUGGACCAAGAAGGGCUACGACCUGGCCUUCAGGUUCUGCUCCUGCCGCUGCGGCCAGGGUCACCUGAAGAAAGACACCGACUGGUACCAGGUGAAGCGCACGCCGGACGAGCGCAAGAAGAAGCCGUCGGAGAGGAGCGCCGGCAGGACGGGGGCCGGCGGGGGGGCGGUGGGGUCCGGGGACGGCCCCUUUGAGGAGCCUAAGAAGAGUAAGACCCCCGGAGCAGCAGGAGGAGCAGGUAAACUGUCCCACCGGGCCUCCAGUCAGGAUUUACCUCGCAGACAAUCAGUGGACCGACAGAACUCCUCGGAGAGAGGAGCAGGAGGAGGAGGAGGAGGAGGAGCCUAUCCUCUGGGCCUCCCUCAGAAGUCUCCAUGUGACUCUCCGGGACAAUCUCCUCCCACCGGCUUCUCCCUCUCCCCCACUGCUGCUCCCGGGUCGGGGGGGGCCGGCCUGAGGGGUUCCCGUCAGCUGGGGGAGUUCCUCAAGUCGGCCGUCCACAUGGACCCGCAGAGGAAGCACCUCCUGGUCGGGGGGGCCCUCAGCAGGGCCUCCGGAGCCGGGGGUCCUCACCUGGACCCCGGCUCCGCCCUCCCCCUGCCGCUGUCCUUCGCCCUGCCGCUGCACCACCGCCUCGCCUCGGGCGGCGGGGGGGGGGACGGCGCCCACUCUCACCCGGUGCAGUUCCUGAGGAGGCUGGACCUCUCGGAGCUGCUGACCCACGUCCCCCGGCACAAGCUCAACACCUACCACGUCCGCAUGGAGGACGACGCCCAGGCCGGCCAGGGGGAGGAGCUACGCAGGUUCAUCCUGUCGGCCCUCAGUGCGAGCCAGAGGAACGUGGUGAACUGUGCGCUGUGCCACCGGGCGCUGCCGGUGUUCGAGCAGUUCCCCCUGGUGGACGGGACGCUGUUCCUCAGCCCCUCGCGCCACGACGAGAUCGAGUACGACGUCCCCUGUCACCUCCAAGGCAGGUUAAUGCACCUGUACGCCAUCUGCGUGGACUGUCUAGAAGGCGUCCACAAGAUCGUCUGCAUCAAAUGCAAGUCACGCUGGGACGGCAGCUGGCAUCAGCUGGGCACCAUGUACACCUACGACAUCCUGGCUGCUUCCCCGUGCUGCCAGGCUCGACUGAACUGUAAGCACUGCGGGAAGCCGGUGGUGGACGUGCGGGUCGGGAUGCAGUAUUUCUCCGAGUACAGUAACGUCCAGCAGUGCCCUCACUGCGGCAACCUGGACUAUCACUUUGUCAAACCCUUCUCCUCCUACAAAGUUCUCGAGGCUUAUUGACAAAUGUUGUGUGUGCAUGCUCGUACGGCUGCUCCAGUUCUCGUUGGUUUUUUUCUAACACAAUCUAGGAAAGAUUUUAUUUUUUUGGGCCUUAUGGUGGUUUUAUGUGUUCUAAGUUCACGCUUUUAUUUUUUAUGUAUAAGAAAAGAGAAUGAUUCUAGUUUAAAAAAAAUAAAUAAAUCAAAGUUCCGGGACAGGAUCUCUGCUGUUGGAGAACGGUGUCGACAAUGUGGCAUUGACGCUUUUAAGUCAAGCAAACACAUUUUACUGUGACAAGUGAAUGUAUCUGUGCGCCAAAAUUUACUUUUAUUUUUUAACAAAAAGAAAUAAAGAUGAAUCUUGAAUGAAGCAGAGAAAGAUGAGCACGAGUGUUGGUUUGAAAUGUUCCUCACGUCGAGACACGUUUUCCCUUCGAUGAAACGGGACAAAAGUUCGAUUCCCGUCAGGUCACGGCUGUGUCGAGCCGUCAGUCGCCUCCUCGCUGCUAGCGGACGCUUGGCUCCGGGCGACCUUUGACCCGGAGUCGUCCGACCGCGGCGCCGCAGACUUCUUUCCUUUCUGUGCGAUCUCCUUGGCCGAGGCCGGACGCAGGAUGCACGUGGCUCCUCGGCCGUCACGUAUCACCGUCGGCUUGGAAACGAAUCCCACCAUCACCUCCAGCUGCUCCACCAUCUGCUCCAGCGCUGUGUCCUGUGGAAAGAAGAUUUCCCCGAGUAA